AUGUCAAGAUUCUUUCAACACUCUCUAUCCAAAGAAUGGAGCUUCAAAGAUAGCACAGAUGAGUCCGAAGGUGCUUGGAUGCCAGUUCCAUCGGUCCCCUCUGUAGUCCAUCAGGAUUUACUAGUCAACAACAAACUCGAGGACCCAUUCAUCGGUCUCAACGAACUCAACGCCAAAUGGGUAAACGAGAAAUCAUGGACAUAUCGGAACGUCUUCCACAAACCAGAAGCAGCCCCUGGUUCAAGAAUCAUCCUAGCCUUCGACGGCCUAGACACAUUCGCCAAAGUGAAGCUUGAUGGAAAUGUUAUCCUGGAAAGCAACAAUAUGUUCCUUGCCCACCGGGUCGAUGUCACGAAAGCCUUGGAAACAGAUGGCGAGCAUAUCCUGGAAAUUAAUUUUGAUUGUGCCAUGCUGCGAGCUCGAGAGCUCCGUGGCCAGGACCCCAAGCAUAAGUGGGCUUCGUUCAACGGAGACCCGGCUAGGAUGAGUAUCAGGAAGGCUCAGUAUCACUGGGGCUGGGAUUGGGGUCCGGUUUUGAUGACGGCAGGUAUCUGGAGGGAUGUGAGGCUUGAGGUAUACACUGCGCGUAUCGCGGAUUUGUGGACGGAAGUGCAGAUAGCGGCGGAUCAUCAAGAGGCUACUGUUUCUGCUUUCGCUGAGGUAGACUGUGCAGCCGGUUCAUACAAGGCAAAGCUUAAACUGAGUCUACAGGGACGAGAAGUUGCGUCUGAGGAGACUACCGUGGACAAAGGCAAUACUGCCAAAGUAACGUUUAAUAUCAAGAACCCAUCUCUAUGGUGGCCCCACGGAUACGGCGAUCCCACACUCUAUGGACUGUCAGCAUCAUUGACAGAUGGACAGAACGAAGUCCAUCAUGUCUCGAAGAAAAUCGGCAUUCGUACGGCUAAAGUCAUCCAACAACCUGACAAAUAUGGGAAAUCUUUCUUCUUCCAAAUAAACGGAGUCGACGUCUUUUGUGGAGGCUCUUGUUGGAUCCCCGCCGAUAGUCUUCUCACGAAUAUUACCCCAGAGCGGUAUCGAAAAUGGGUUGAGUCGAUGGUUGUUGGUCGUCAAGUGAUGACUAGAGUCUGGGGCGGCGGAAUCUACGAAGACGAUAGCUUCUACUCAGCCUGCGACGAACUCGGAGUCAUGGUCUGGCAAGACUUUAUGUUCGCCUGCGGUAACUACCCAACCUGGCCUGAGCUACUCGACUCAAUCCGAAAGGAAGCAACCUAUAACGUCCGCAGGCUGCGUCACCACCCAUCAAUAGUCAUUUAUGUCGGGAAUAAUGAGGACUAUCAAGUUCAGGAGCAAAAUGGACUUACAUACAACUACGAGGAUAAAAAUCCGGAGAAUUGGCUGAAGACGGAUUUUCCGGCUCGGUAUAUUUACGAGAAGAUCUUGCCGGAGGUUGUGAAGGAGCUGGCUUCGAGUACUUUCUAUCAUCCUGGGAGUCCUUGGGGUGAUGGGAAGGUAACGUCUGAUCCGACUGUUGGGGAUCUGCAUCAGUGGAACGUGUGGCAUGGAACACAGGAAAAAUACCAAGUCUACGAGACCCUCGGAGGCCGAUUUAACAGCGAAUUCGGAAUGGAAGCCUUCCCGUACUUGCAAACCAUCGAGUCGUUCAUCGAAAACGAAGCCGACAAGUACCCCCAGUCUCACGUUAUCGACUUUCAUAACAAGGCUGACGGCCACGAGCGAAGGAUCGCUACUUAUUUUGUUGAAAACGUGAGAACAGCCACAGAUUUGGAGACAUACAUCUACCUCACGCAGGUGAUCCAAGCCGAAGCAAUGAUGUACGGAUACCGCGGCUGGCGCCGCCAAUGGGGAGAUGAACGACGCUGCGGUGGAGCUCUGCUUUGGCAGAUGAACGACUGCUGGCCUGGGAUUUCCUGGGCUAUCGUGGAUUAUUAUCUACGGCCCAAACCGGCGUACUAUGCGGUUGCGCGAGUGUUGAGACCACUUGCUAUCGGGGUACAAAGAGAGCAUCAUGAUUGGAGCGUCACGCAUGCGGAACCACCGAAGACAAGCAAGUACAGCCUUUGGAUAGCAAGCAGUUUGCUGAAGGGGGUUUCUGGGAAAGUGGAAUUGCGGUUUGUUUCUGUGCAGACUGGACUCGAGAUCCGUGAACGGAGGUUGUGGGAUGAUGUCCGUAUACAAGCCAACGGGACUACCGACAUCAUUAUAGCCGACAUUAUUGAUCACAUAGUAUACCCGGAGGCCCAUGUCCUCGCAGCACGUCUCUGGGUGGACAACGAUAUCGUUGCGCGGGAUGUGGACUGGCCUCAGCCAUUCAAGUAUCUGGACCUGUCGGAGCGGGGACUUGACGUGAAGGUCUCUGAAUCUGAAUCUGAUGAUCUGCAGAAACUGCGGGUCAGCACGCGGAAACCUGUCAAGUGCCUGGUUUUUGAAGAACGGGACGGCGUCAGAGUUAGCGAUAGCGCCAUGGAUAUUGUGCCGGGGGAUGAGCAGAUUAUCACCGUUAAGGGAUUGAGGGGUGACACUCUAAAAUAUAAAUACCUGGGACAAUAG